AUGGCGCUAGCCGGCUUCUCAGCGGACCGGGCCUGGAGUCUGGAGGCCCCGGCUUCCACGGCCACUGCCACCUCGACUUCGGAAUCCCAGCAGCAGGAGGACGCUGGGAGCCAGGUGGUCCCCAGGGGACUCCCCCUGGAGAAGGUGAAGCGACCCAUGAACGCGUUCAUGGUGUGGAGCUCCGCCCAGCGCCGCCAGAUGGCGCAGCAGAACCCCAAGAUGCACAACUCAGAGAUCUCCAAGCGCCUGGGCGCGCAGUGGAAGCUGCUGGGCGAGGACGAGAAGCGGCCCUUCGUGGAGGAGGCCAAGAGGCUCCGUGCACGGCACCUGCGCGACUACCCCGACUAUAAGUACCGACCUCGACGCAAGGCCAAGAGCUCGGGCGCUGGAACUCCCCAUUUCAGCCAGGGAAGAGUUAGUCUGGCCAGCGGCGGCCCCCUCUGGGGGCCGGUGUACACGACCACCCAAGCUAGCAGAGGCUUCGGAUACAGACCCCCCAACUACCUGCCCGGCAACUACGGCUCUUCCCACUGUAAACCUGAGGCCCCGUCGACAUGCUCCCUCUCUCAGAGUGACCCAAAGCUCCAGGGGGAGCUACUCCCUCCCUAUAACCCCUACCUGCCCCCAGGCUCUCCCACUAUGUACAACCCUCCCCUGUCUGGUGCCCCCAUGCCCUUAACACACCUCUAACCCUCAUGGACACACAUUUCCCAGUAAGGUCCCCAUUCUCUUUUCACCCAGAACUGUCCCCUACAGCAAAAGGUGCAAA